AGUUGAAUUUUUUGGAUAUUACUUAACUGAACUACCCUAUUUACCCGUCAACUUUUCUACAUUAGGAUCAGUACAGUAAUAACCAAAAUAUUCGCCAAAAGAAAAUGGAUUGUAUGAACGCUCUUUGCCAAAUUACCUCUUACGAACAGAAAAUUCAGACUUUAUCUACGAGUUUAGAUGAAACUGCAAUUCAAUUAUCCCCUGAGACGUUUCCUGCAGGUUUUAUAUCAGAUGGUGCUGCCGUUGAAUCUUCCACCUUAGAUUGUCUAUUAAACAAUUGUAUUUUUGGAGUUCGUGAGUCUUGGGAUUGGCUCUGCAGGUUAAACUAUUGUUUACAAAUUCAUUUGAGCAAUAAUGCCUAUUUUCACCAAUUUUAUCACGAAUUACAUCAUAUUCAUCAUGGGUUUAACACCCUUAUCGCUCAUUUGCAAAAAAACUCAUCAAGCUCAAAAAGAAAAGAAUCUCUUGAAGAAUUAGGUUCCAGGAUUAGAGAAGUUACUAAACUCCUCCUAAACUUGCAAAUACGUGUUAACGAUAUGAGACAUAAAGUUUCUAAUCUCGUUCCUGUUCAUGCAAGACAACGUAAACUUGAACAACCUAUUCCGGCUAUGGCUUUAAUAGAUUACGAAAAAGAUGAUAUAAAAUUGGCUGAAAAUGAGUAUGUAAUGAUUGAAGAUAAUACUGGAGAAAAAUGGAAAAUAAGAAAGGAAAAUGGCGUCGUUGCUAUUGUUCCUUCGCUUAUUAUAUUAAUUCCAGCUCCAAAUAAGAGUGCAGUUGAUUUAUCUAAAAGAACAAAUGAUCAAUUACGUUCUUUGUGGAAAACUUCUAUAAAAUCAUUACAAGAUCAGCUUACAGAAAAUUGCAUAGAUUUUUUCAAAUCUCAUCCAGCAACUGAGGCAAAAUUGCUAGUUGAUGAAAAAUUCAAGGGAAAAGUUUUUGGUUACUUAAAUGACAUGGAAGAAGUACUUAGGCCAGUGAAACAAUCUAAACCCUAUGAUAAUAUUAAAAGAGAAUGUAAAACUUGGAGGCAAAACAGUAAAAAUAAUAAUAAAAAACCUACUAAUGCAAAUAACAAAGCAAAUAUGAAGUUAAAAAAUGAUUUUGAAGAUUUAGCAAAAGUUCUAAAAUGUAUGAGGGAUCUUAAAGCCUAUUCGGACGAUAAGAAAUUUCUUAUUAAAGAUAACGAAAGAUCAGCUUACGAACAAGGUCCUAUUGAAGCGAAAUAUGUUGCUAAAGCUUAUGUACAGCAAAUUCCUGACGCUGAUAAACACUGCCUUUUAACUCUGUCGGAGAGAGCACCAAAUUUUGAGACUCCACCGGAAGAAGAAGAUGAACCUAUCGAAUCAGAAAGCGAAGGAAAAGAAAGUGAAAAGAUCAAUCAGCAAACAAUUAAAGAAACUAAACAUUUUAUAAUUGUCGGCGUUAUUCAUCCAAGAACUAAGCAAAGAAUAUCAAUGCACGAAGCAUUGAAUAAGGGAGUUAUUAAUCAAAUACACGGAGUCUAUGUUGACUUUAUGACAAAUAUGAACAUUCCAAUACCUGAAGCUAUGGAUCGAGGCUUAAUCAUUGCUGAAUUUACUGAUUCUCAAACGGAAGUGACACAGAAUGAUAAUUGUGUAAUUACUCUGACGACAACUACCGAAAUUAUAGAUUAUACAGUUUUGUCUGUUACUGAUACGUCGAAAAAUGAAAAAAUUCCAUUGGAAGAAUCGGUUAGGAGGAAAAUUAUCAAUAAAGAAACAUCUGAAUAUUUAAAUUUAAAAACUGGAAAGAAAAUGUCAAUUUCUUCCGCAAUUGAUCAAAAUCUUAUUCAAGUCCUUUCAACAAAAACUAGAGAGCGGCUUGACGAAGCUGAUGCUCCAGAUGUAGCUGAUGAUGUUGUUGAAAAAUAUAUUGAAAUACUUAAAGUGUUUGAUCCAACUCGCAAUUGUUGGAUAAGUUUAAAAGAAGCUAUUGACUCGGGAUUGUUUAAUGAUGAACUUCAAUACAUUGAUAGUUUAAGUAAUGAAUUCCUUCCCUUAUCCGAAGCCAUAGUAAAGGGAAAUGUUAAGGCUCGGAUUGUUAAUGAUCCAGAGGCUUUUGUACUAAAACUAAGCCCAACCUUAAAUGCUGAUUUAUUACAGGCCCUGGAAUCAAAUAAUCCAAGUCGUAUCGCUUUGGAAAUUCUAAAAGAAGAUGGAAAUUUUAAUGCAAACUCAGGCAAAGUUAGAGAUACAAAAAAAGGUCAAUCAAAAACAAUACGGGAAGCGAUUACUAGUGAAAUUCUGCAUUUAGACGAAGUUUCUGUUGAAGAUACUGAAAAAGGAAAGAAACUUACUCUUGUAGAAGCUGCUGUUGAAAAUUUGGUUGACUAUAAAGCUAGUUCUGAAAUAUUGAAUGCAGUUGAAAAACGAUGUUUGGCAAAUGUAGAUUUGAGAUCUAAUUCACCAGAAUGUGUCUAUUUCGAACGUUUAUCUGACGGAAUGAUUUGCUCAGUUGCUUCAGUUGAAGAUGGAAUUUAUUUAGAUGGGAGAAGAUAUUCUCUUGAAGAUGUUAUCAAUUCUCCUUCGAAGCAAAGAAUAAUUAACCCAAAGAUUGAAUCAAAAAAAUUGAAAAAUCGUAUUUCCGGCUUGAGACUUCUUGAUUCUUGUAUGGAUACGUCAGCUGGUGGUAUAAAAGAUACUUUGAACAAGAAAGAACUAACCGUCAAAGACGCUGUCCUAAAGUCUGUUUUGGAUAUUCCACAAUUUACUCAUCAAGAUACGAAAACAGGUAAAAAUAUACCUAUUCACCAAGCCAUUAAAGAGGGGAAAAUUUCUCAAAAAACUGGAUUAAAACUAUUAGACGUUGCCGCUAAAAAUUCUCUAAACGAUUAUAUGAAAAGAACUAAACCGGUAUCUGACACUGAAAGCCCUUUAGAAGCUGUUGCCAAAAAAUUGAACUUUGAAGAUCAUAGCUUUAAGGAUUCUAUUGAUCCUAAAAAUGUUUUUGUUAUGGAUCAGAAUACUGGAGUUGUAAGUUUAGGGUCUCUUGUUGACGACAGACGUUUAGAUACCCAAUUGAAAAAAUAUUAUGAUCCCAAAACUGGUGACUCUCUGUCUCUUGAACAAGCUAUAAGAGCAGGUUUAAUUCAACCCCAGAUAAAACCUGGCGAUUUAGUAGAGAAAACUGUUGUGAUUAGUGAUAUUAUUAACAAUGAAAAAGCCGGUGAUAUUAUAAUUACUCUACCCGACGGUCGUCAAAUGCCAUUAAAAGAAGCUCUUGAAAAAUGUGAAGUAGACAAAAAUUCAAAAUUAAAGAUUGAUUCGAAAAGUGGUAGAGUAGUUGUCGUAGAAGAAGGUGCUACUGCUAGAAAUGUGUCUGAAACCAAAGCUUGGCUAAAUUGGCUUAAUGGUUUAAAAGAUGCCCUAGAUGAAAUUAAAGAUGCCCCUCUGACAACAAUAGAGGAGGAGAAACAGGAAAGUAUAUUACAGGGCGUCCUUUCUGAAUUCGAAGAAAAGAAGAAUAAGCUUGAAGAUUGCAUCAAAGAGUCUCAAAGUCAUCUUGAUUCGGCUGAAAAGAAUAAAGAUCAGCAUCAAUUACAAUACAAUGUGGCAGAGCUGAAAAGAAAUGCUAUGGAUCUUCAAGAACGACUUGCUCUAAGAUCAACUGACAUGGAGAAUUUAAAACAAAUUCGUUUACGUUUUUAUCAAGACACGAACGAUUUGUUGACUUGGUGUGAAAAGAAACAAGAUGAAUUGAAUAAACUAAAAUUAUGCUGUGCUGAUUUGGAGCAUCUCGAAGAUGUUCAAGACUUUAUAGACGGUAUUGGUGGAGAAUGUUUGGAAAAAGCUAACGACCUUCAAUCCCUUAAGAAAGUGGGCAAAACCUAUUCUUCUUUGGCCAAAAGCUAUCAAAGUAACAACAACAAUUCACCUUCGGCAUCGACAAUAAUUGAAAAUGAAAUUGUAAAAGCCCAUUCAUCUUUGGAAAAUGUUGUUUCUCAGUGUAAUAGACUGAGUCAUGAACUCUCUGACGCAGGAUCGAAACAUGAACGCUAUAUUCAACUACGAGAUACACUUGUGGAUAGAAUACCCCGCUUGCAAAAACAAGUUAAUGACUUCUCAUUAACCGAUACAACAGCUAGAAAUGCCGCCAAAUUAUUAGAAAGAUUAAAAGCCGUUACUUCCGAUAUAUUUGCAACCGGAAAAAUGGUUGAGGAUAUUGAAAAAAUUGGUUCAGACCUAUUGAAAAUUCUAAGUGAUUUAGAUUGUGAAAAUACACCAAAAGGUUUAGAAAUUAAGGAAAAUGUUGAAUUGAUUAUUGAUGAGUUUAAUAAAUUAAAAAUAUCGGUUGAUAAUAAACAAGAAGAAUUGGCAAACAUUGUAAAUAAAUCAAGAGAUUCAAAAGCCAAUUUGGAAAAGAUGGAAAAGUGGAUUGACGAUGAAAUAAUAAAUAUUAAGAAUGAUGAAAUAAUAAGUCUUGAUCCUUCUAAACUUUUUGAAGAACAGGAAAAGCUUUCCAUGCUUAAGAAGGAAUGUAUGAAGAGACGAGCAAUUUUAGAUAGUUCAUCUAAAAAUCCAGAUGUAAAAAUUGUAGUAUCACAUUUGGAUAAAAAACUAGAUAAACUUGAUAAUGCUAUCGAUAACAAAAUUUUAAAAGUUGGAGAAUUUUCAAAAAGUGUCAGUUCCAUAUUAGAUGGCUGUUCGAAAAUUGACUUAUGGAUAUCUUCUAUCGUAAAAUCGGUUAAAAGAUCUUCUAAUCCGAGUCAUGAAAAAAUUGACAAGCUAAGAUCGGAAAAAAAUUCUAAACAAGCCGAAAUAGAUAAUAUAAAGAGAGAUGUUAAAAAAUUAACGAACGAUCCGCAAACUCUUGAUGAAGUAUUUAUUACUGAUCCAUCAUCAGCUGCCCAAGCGAAAUUAAAUGAAUUAAGUGACCUUCUGCUACAUUACGCUGCUAUAACUGCUACAGGUCAAAUUGAUGAUCAUCUUAAUCAAUUGGAAGAUAUAGAAACUCAUAUUCAAACUGUUCAACCUAUUUCUCUUGAUCCGGAAAGUUUACAAGAACAAUUGGAUCAACAUGAAAAGGCACACAAAGAAUUACAAGACAGAAAGAAAUCUAUUGAUUCUCUCAUUGAUAUUUGUUCAAAAUUGAUCAGAGAAGCGCCAAGUUCCGAGGAGGAUACUCCGUUAGAAAUGGCUGACAAAAUUGCAGCUUUACAAUCGGAAUGUGACCUUGUUAAUAAGAUGAGUGACGAGAAAUUAUCUACUUUGAGAGAAGCUGUUCCAUUAGCUACUCAUUUUACAGAAUCUUUAUCCAAUUUACAAAAUUGGAUAAAAGAAGUUGAAGGAGAAAUAAAGUGUCUAGAUAUUGAAAAUAUUAAGAAUGCUAAUCCUCAUCAAGUUAAGAAGGUACACGAAAAUGCUAAAAGUCUAUUGCAAUCUUUUGAAGAUAAUAAACCAUUAUUAGAUGGUUGCAUGAAAGAUGGUCAAGAUUUAAUUGAACUCUGUCUUGACGAUGAUGCAAUUGAAUUGAAAAAGGAGCUAGAUAGCGUCUCCAAAAGAUACAAUGAAAAUAAACAAGCUACCAGAGAUAAAUUAAACGAUAUUGAAGAUAUUAUGUCAUCACUAGCCAAUGACUUAUCAGACAAUAUGGAUAAUUUAUCUGAAGAUUUACAUUCUGUUAAAAAUGAUCUUUUGAAUUUAGAACCAAUAUCAGUUAAUACUGAUGCUAUAAAAGAAAGAAUUCUAGGAGCCAAGAAUAUCCUGGACGAUGUCGAUAGAAAGGAAAAAGCAAUUUCAAGUCUUAAGAAUCAAGUGGCGGAUAAUGCUUCAAAUGGUGAACCAGAUAUGAAUUCUUCCUCUGAUGGUUUAAUACCGAAAUUGAAUGACCUGGAAGAUUUUAAGAAUAAACUAAAACUGGAAGGUUCAGCUAAAUUAGAAGAGUAUCAGAAUGCUCUCGGGCUAGUGGAUGAUUAUCAGCAAGCUCAUCUGGAAGCCAUUCAAGUUCUAACUGAAAUUUAUGAAAAUCUUCAAUCUCAAGAUAUCCCUUCAGUCGAACCGGACGUACUUAGAGAACAACAAAAAGAAUUGGAAAUGAUUAAAAGUAAUUUGAUGCCAGCAAAAGAGUUGAUAAAGAAACGAAAAGAUUUGGCAAAUAAGUUAAUAAAGCAAUGCGGAAAUGAAGGAGAAAUGGAAAUAAGGGAAAAUGAAGAGGAAAUUAAAAGUUUAUUGGAAUCAAUUAAUGACGAUUUAACCGAGCGAGAUUAUCAAUUAUCUAGUAACUUGGGAAGAGCAGAUGAUUUUGAGAAUUUAUUAGCGUCCAUAUUGGAAUGGUUACCAAAAUUUGAACAUCAACUAGCUAAGGCUGAUAAUAUAGCCGCUGAUCCUCGUUCUGUUAGAAUUCAAAUUGAAGAAUUAAAAGUUUUAAAAGCACAAAUUUAUCCGAAAUGUUCCGAUAUUCAAGAUCUUAUUCAAUACUCUCAAGAUUUAAGAAAAAUGUCUCCUUUUACGGCUGAAAGCCUACAACCAAAAGUUAAGAAUGUAACUAAGAGAUGGAGUGAUUUAUUAAAGGGAGUAAAUGAUAGAGAAGGAAAACUUAAAGAUUCUCUUGUUGCAAUUGGGGAAUUAGACCACUCUUUAGAUGAUAUACUUGGCCAAUUACAACAAACGGAGGCCGAUCUGCAAGAGAUGGGAGAUGUUUACGGAGAUCCUAGACACAUCGAAAGUCAAUUAAGAAAGCUACGAAUUAUCGAUACCGAAUUGAAAACGACUGUAAAAACUUUACCAAAACUUCAAAAGGCGAUCGAUGAUAUUUCAAAGAGCUCUGGUCAAAAAUCUCCUAAAGUUAUGGAGAAAAUGGAUGAAAUUAAAGACUGUCUAAAAAUUGUUCAAUCUGAACUUCGAAAUAAACGUAAUAAUCUUCAAGAUACACUCAGGGAAAUAAAGUGCUAUUUGGGAGAUGUCGAUGAUUACUUACGUCUAUUAGCUGAAAUAAGGUUUAAUUUAAAGACGAAUUCUCCCCUCGGUGCAACCCUUGAAGGAGCUGAAAGACAAGCAGCCAAUUUCGAGAAAAUGUUUCAAAACUUACGCAAAAGAGAUAUUGAAGUUGAAGCUAUCUUGUUAAGAGGUAGCGAUAUUCUAGAUAGGUGUAACAAAAAAGAUGGGAAACAAAUUAAGGAAAGUAUGAAUAGAUUAAGGAAAAGUAUGUACGAUACAAGAGAUAAGGCGGAAAGGAGACGUAUUAAAAUAGAAGAGCAUCUGGAAAAUGUUAGAAGAUUCUAUUUAAAUCUCGAAAUUCAUACUGGAUGGUUAGAUAAGACUGAAUUACAUUUAAAGAGUCUUAAACAUCCAAGUAAACUUGUUGAGAGAUGUGGCGAACAGAUUCUAGAGCACGAAUCUUUUAAAAGAGAUAUAGAAACUCAUAGAGAUGUGAUGCAAAAUUUGGAUCAAUCUGGAACUUACUUAAAAUACUUUGGUAGAAAAGCCGAUACUAUUAGAGUAAAGAAUCUAUUAAUAGAAAUUCGCUUGAGAUGGAAAAAACUUGUUAGGAAAGCGGAUGAAAGAGGUAGGAGAUUGCAACAAGCUUUUCAAGAAGACAAGAGAUUUGAUGACUCGUGGCGCCAUCUUUGCGAUUGGAUAAGUGAUAGCGAAGAUAAAUUACGACAAUUUGCAUCAAACACAUCCGUAAUGAGCGGAAAUGGCAAAGAAGAUUCAAGGGAAAACACAAAAGAAAGCGAAAAAAUCCUUAAGCAUUUUCAACACGAACUCUCUUCUAUACACCCUGUGUAUUAUUCGACUAUGAGAUUAGGACGAAGUCUUAAGGAACGUUGUACAAAAGAAGAUCCCGAACGUAAAGUACUCUCUGCUAUGCUGGAAGAAUUGAAAAACAAGUGGUCUAUAAUAAGAUCUAUUGCUGCUCAAAGGCAAAACAAGUUGGACGAAGCGCUUUUAAAUUCGGGCCGAAUUGAGGAUGCAAUGUCGUCCUUGGCAGAUUGGUUGAGUAAAGCCGAAGCUUAUCUAGCUCCUGAUCAACCAACGAUGGGCGACUUAGAAACUGUUUCUAUACUUGUUGAGCAUCAUAAAGCUUUCGAAGAGGAACUCGAAACUAAAGAAAGCGUUGUAAGUGCAUUACAAGCUCUUCCCGAUUUAGAUGAAAGCUUAAAAGCAAAAUUGGAUGAUCUUGCCGAAGCAUGGAAAAGGGUUAAAGCACUAAGUCGAGUUAGAGUUGAAAAACUGAAAGACGCAGUUAGAAUGGCUGAAGAUUUAAACGAAACGGUUCAAAAAGUUCGAGAUUGGUUGCCUAGAGUGGAGCACGAGUUAAAAUUUAAAACUUUACCUGAUGACGAAAAUGCAAUUAUUACGUUAAUGGAUAAUCAUGAAAAACUCAGGGAAGAGUUGAAAACUGAGGAGGCUCAGAUAGAGAGAAUUCGUGAUAUGACAAUAAGAAUCUUGGAAAAUUGUCAUCCGAAUGCUGUUCGUUGUAUAAAAUAUUUUCUAACAAUUACCAGUACAAGAUGGGACCAGGCGAUAUCAAGAUGUGCUCAGAGAUCAAGUAGAUUACAGGAAGCUUUAAGAGCUGUUCGAGGAAAUGCCGCAAUAGUUGCCGAAUUAUUGGCUUGGGUUAGUGAGACACAAACUUUCCUAGCUACAAAAGAAAAAGACACAAUUCCCCAAGAUUUAACAGUUGUUGAGGCACUCUUAAAAGAACAUAUGGAAUUACAUGACGAAUUGUCAAUGAAACAACCCGAAGUUGAAAAAGCUACGAAAUUAUCUGUUUCUGGAGAUGUUAGAGUAAUUUUGGGUAGUAGCAAAACGUUGCAUACAGAUUGGGAAAGUCCAUCGCAAAGAGCCCUUCUAUUAGCCAACAAGUGGAGAGCCGUUUGGAGAAUAUCAGUUGACCGAAAGAAAAGAUUACAAGAUUGCCUUGAUGCAUUAAUAGAAUUGGAAAGCUUUAAGAAUUUCGAUUUUGAUUUAUGGAGGAAAAGAUAUAUAAACUGGAUAAAAGCGCAAAAGUUAAGGAUCACUGACUUUUUUAGAAGACAAGAUAAAAAAGGAGACGGUUUAUUAAGUAAAGCAGAUUUUGUCGAUGGAAUGAUGGCUUCUAAAUUUCCUACCAAUCGAACGGAAUUGAACGCUGUUUUCGAUAUUUUCGAUCGGGAUCAUUCAGGCGAAUUAGAUUAUACGGAAUUUAUCGAGGCACUCAGACCUGAUAGGAUCAGACGAUCCUUCGUAUAUUCCACAUUGGAAACUAAGAGACGAUUGUCUAUGAUAAGACGUAAAUUAUAUACCCCGUUUGAGGAUAGAAAAUCAAAAAUUCCCGUUAAAACAACAGACAAAAAUUUUGAGCGAACAUUUUCGAAAAAACGUCAAACGGAUGCUGAACUUGUUCACGAUGAAAUUGAACAACAAGUAGUUAGAUGUCAAUGUAGAAGGCCUAUGAGAGUUGACAAAAUUGGAGAUGGAAAAUAUAAGUUUGGAGAAAAGCAAAAGAUUUGCUUAGUGAGAUUUUUAAACAAUACUGUUAUGGUACGAGUAGGAGGUGGAUGGGUCACUCUUGCAGAAUAUUUAGAACAAAAUGAUCCUUGCAGAUCUAAUAAAAUUACUUCGGAACUUCGUGAAAGUUUCGUUCUUCCUAAUGGUUCUUCUCAGACUAGAUCAUCUUUUACUCCAAAAAGACAAUCUAGCACUCCGAGAAGUGGGUAUAGUUCCGGAUCUGGAACGCCUACUAAUUUAAGUCGUGCUGGAAGUACAACUAGUUUAAGUAGUGGAAAUAGACGUUUUUCUACUCCAGUUUCUCUAACAUCUAAUCAAAGAUUAGCGAAAUCCUGCGCAAAUCUUAAUACUUCUCCAAUUGCUGUGAAAAGAACAUUUUCGAAUGAUGAGCGAAAAAAUUCUAGACAGUUUGGUUUGUGUUUCCUUUCUGCUCUUAAUUUCCUAUUGUUUUGUUAUUUUAUUUAGUAUAAUUUAACAGUUUUUACAAAAUUUCAAUUAAUUUUCCUUAAACAUUUUAGCUAUAAACGAAAAAAAAAUGUAGAUCAUUUAUGCUAUCUUUUCUAAACUAUUAGUCCUUUUCUAUAAAAACUCUACCUUCUAGGGUCUGCCUCCAACUUGACUUCAUCAUCAAAGUACAGCCCUAUUAGCAACCAGUCAACACCCCUUUCAUCAAGGGGUACUCCCAGGACAUCAAUUUCUACCACAAAAAGCCCGGGAAGUAAUAAAUCUAAUGACAAACCACCAUUAUCCUCCAGACUUAAUCAAAGCCAAACUCGGCAUUCUAUUUCCGGAACCCCAAGAAAAGUGAAGAGUAAUCAAAAAGUUUGAGAAAAAGACAUUUAAAAUGAAAAAAAUACUUUAUUUUGUAUAAGCCUAGUUUUUAUUAUUUUCCUUAUACUUUCCCUUUGUUAUAUAAGUUAUAAGCAUUUAUUUUGAUCCGUAUUAAGUUGUUUAGAGCAUGCUAAUCCUCUUUAUUCUACAUUUAUAGCUCAUCAUGUUUGACUUGUUUAUUCUUUUUUCCUUUUGCAAUGUUUUGGACGGGUCCGUUUUAGAGUCAAAGAUUUAUAAUAAACUUCUAUUUAAAAAAAUAAGCAUAUUAAAU